CAGACGAAUUUGUAUUCAAUUUUUGAUGUACGGCGGCUAGUUUUGUUGAAGCUUCAUUGCUGUUGCUGGUUAGAGACUUGAGUCUCGAUGAGUUGGUUGAUGUUAAGCGAUUGAGUUAUAAGUGAAACCACAGGUGAAACCUAGAUAUUUCUCAAAAUGAAUGAAGAAGAUUUUUCCUCAGAUUCCAGUGAUGAUGAUUACAUUCCUACAGGUGCUGAGAGUGAUGUUGAAGAAUUAUCAGAUGAAGCUGAACAAAUUUCUAACAAUGAAAGUGAUGACGCUGGAGAACAAAGCUCUUCCAAAAAGAGAAAACGUCCCUUAAAAAAGAAUAAAUUAAAAAAAACAAAAGUUUCUGAAGAACCAGAUGAAGGAGAUAAAUUAAAAAAUACUGAUAAUGAUGAAGAUAAAAAACAAAGGAUUGACAGUAUAUGGGCAAGUUUCAAGGAGGGAACUGACACAAAAGAAUUAAAAGAGACUGUUGCACCUAUUGUAACCAAACCUACAACAUCUACAGUCUAUAAAUUUGCUGGAGAAGAAAUCGAAAUCCCAGAAGAAGUUAAGAAAACUGGACCAUUAAAUUCCCAAGAAAUAAAAGGAAAAAGACCUCCAGCUUUAAAAUCUGGGGGCCUUUCUAGCUUUACCAGUCAACUGUCAAGUAAAAAAGCAAAGCUCAGCACAUUGGAAAAAUCAAAGCUGGAUUGGGAUCGCUUUAAAACUGAUGAAGGAAUUGCGGAAGAUCUGAAAUCUUUUAAUCAAGGCAAAAAGGGAUUUUUGGAAAGGCAAGCUUUUCUAGAACGGGCUGACGUAAAACAAUUUGAGAUUGAAAAAAAUUUUCGUGCUGGGCGGAAACCUCAGUAACAUACCAUGCAAAUCGUCUCCAACACUGAAAUACAACAAAUAAAAAGAAGAA